GCAUAGCAACACUGGACACAUUUGUAUCUUGUAAAUGCGCGAUCCAUCUAGAUAUGCUCAAGGUACAGUAAGUGUAAUACAGUCCAUUGAAACACGCACUUGAUUGGGUUUCAUGAACUGCUGCCUGCGCCACCAUGACAAGCUCUAGAGACACUGGUACCCCGCCAUGCCCCGCCAUCCUCUCGCAGUCAACGAUACUGCCGCCUGACCCAGUCGCGAAGUCGAACGAACUCAAGAGUUCUACUUCAUCGGACCAUAUCCUACAGUACCCAUCAAGCAUAGAGUGGCAUAAUCCGGAUUGUGUAUAUUGAGUGAAGCUAUUGUGCACAUCAUGCCGCGCAGGGAGUACAAGACCACCCCGCUCUUCGGGGGCGCACUUGUAUGCGACUUGCCCGCGAACUUUGCCGACGUCAGCACUAUCCGUCAAGUCCCCGACAACCAAGAAGUCUACAUCGACAAGGAUGGCUUCACAUCCAUCAUCUUCGACAUAACCGAGCGCGUAGACGCCCCUGGAAGCGGGCUGGAGCGCGACGGGCGCGCUUUGACAACUCACCUCGAGGACCUGGUUGGCGACGAUGCUGAUACAGUCAAAGUGUGGAACACGACAGAGACGCAGUUUACACAUCUUGAUGAAUCCAUCCCCGCCUACACGCUCAUCGCGACGCAGACGCCACACGCAGGAGGAGGAGGAGGGGUUAGCGACACGCCGACUCGGCAGCAGCGGGCGGGGGCGCCCGACUUCACGGCGCUGAUCCUGACGCUGGUGCGGCUCGAAAAGGAGCAGACGGACGUGCUCAUCACCAUCAACGUGCCCCACAUCAAGGGCGAGUACGACGAGGACGAGGUGGACCUGGCGCUGGGCAAGCAGGGCGAGCUCAUUGGUGAUGCGGUCGAGCAUGCGGCCAAGAUAUGGGCUACUUUUCAGGUCAAGGACUGGGGUCUUUUCGAUCAGAUUUGACACUUUGAAAGCGUUGGGGUGUGGUGAGGUGGAUGUGGAUGAUUUUAUAGUGUGUUGCUCUGAAAGGAGUCAUCUCGUUUGUUUCUAUGAAAGGGGAUUUUGGAUGGUUGAACGGAUGGCCUUCCAAGCGGGUUGUUGUAGGGCUACUGACGACCUUUUCAUGUGUCUAUUACUGGAGAGUCAUGACAUGGAUUCAGUACGGGGUGGGAGACAACGAUUGUCAGGCGCUUGGAAGGUUGGGCCUGUCGAUAUCGCAUCUAGUUAUUGGAUAGGUAGCCGGGAAAGGCAGGGACGGAGCGAGGUGAAGAGACGGAAUUCACGAAUGUAUGUAGUCUUUAGUAUUACAGCAAAGCUCUACUAUGUAGAACCUCCUCGUCAAUCUCAGUAUGCAACAAUGCAUGCCAACAGU